AUGACGAUGGACGCCAUCCACAUCGGCAUGUCCAAUGCCUCGCUGGUGAAGCACACGGCGGGCGGCGGCCUCAAGACCAGCCGGCCCCGAGUCAUGUCCAAGAGUGGCCACAGCAACGUGAGAAUCGACAAGGUGGACGGCAUCUACCUCCUGUACCUGCAGGACCUGUGGACCACGGUCAUCGACAUGAAGUGGAGGUACAAGCUCACCCUGUUUGCGGCCACCUUUGUGAUGACCUGGUUCCUCUUUGGGGUCAUCUACUACGCCAUUGCCUUUAUCCACGGGGACUUGGAGCCCAGCAAGCACAUCUCCAACCACACGCCCUGCAUCAUGAAGGUGGACUCGCUCACAGGGGCCUUCCUCUUCUCCCUGGAAUCCCAGACUACCAUCGGCUAUGGGGUCCGCUCCAUCACGGAGGAGUGCCCGCACGCCAUUUUCCUGUUGGUUGCCCAGUUGGUCAUCACCACCCUGAUUGAGAUCUUCAUCACCGGCACCUUCUUAGCCAAAAUCGCCAGACCCAAGAAGCGGGCGGAGACCAUCAAGUUCAGCCACUGUGCAGUCAUCACCAAGCAGAAUGGGAAGCUGUGCUUGGUGAUCCAGGUGGCCAACAUGAGGAAGAGCCUUCUGAUCCAGUGCCAGCUCUCCGGCAAGCUCCUCCAGACGCACGUCACCAAGGAGGGAGAGCGCAUCCUGCUGAACCAGGCCAGCGUCAAGUUCCACGUGGACUCUUCCUCCGAGAGCCCCUUCCUCAUUCUGCCCAUGACCUUCUACCACGUGCUGGAUGAGACGAGCCCUCUGAGGGACCUCACGCCCCAGAACCUGAAGGAGAAGGAGUUUGAGCUCGUGGUCCUCCUCAACGCCACGGUGGAGUCGACGAGUGCUGUCUGCCAGAGCCGGACGUCCUACAUCCCCGAGGAGAUCUACUGGGGCUUCGAGUUCGUACCGGUGGUCUCUCUCUCCAAAAACGGCAAGUACGUGGCGGAUUUCAGCCAAUUUGAACAGAUCCGGAAGAGUCCAGACUGCACGUUUUACUGUGCGGAUUCGGAGAAGCAGAAACUGGAGGAGAAGUACAGGCAAGAGGAUCAGAGAGAAAGAGAACUGAGAACUCUUCUGCUACAACAGAGCAAUGUCUGACGGUGGCGGCGGCUCCGAGGCUCGGCUCUGUGAGCUGUUUCCACGUCUUCACCUCCCUCCAAUGCAAAGGUCACUGUGAAAAUGAAAAUAGAUGAA